AUGGCGAUGAAGAUGACUGGCCGUGUGCUGCUGGUGUGUGCCCUCUGCGUGCUGUGGUGCGGUGCCGGCGGUGGUUUUGCAAACGAUGAGAAGUCAGGUCCUGGGAAUCGUGCUGAACUUCCGCUUGCAUCACAAGGACCUGAAACAGCUCCACAAGAUUCCCAAGGGUCACAAAAUAGAGCACCAGGUGAGGAAGAAAAUUUAACUUCCGUACUUGGAGAGGAAGCUGAUGGUGAUGAUGUUGAUAGAGAGAAAAAAGCGGAAGAAGAAGAAAUUACUGAAAGGCAGGGCAGUGAAGGAGGAACAGCUGCAGUAGGCUCAGAUUCCAGUGAAACGAAUUUAAGUGACAGCGAGCAGGAAACAGGCCAGCCAAUUGUACCUGCAGGGAGCAUUUCUCCUUCCAACAGUCAGGAAUCAAAUGCCAAUCUUACGCAAACGGAAGUUGAAGGAAAAAAGGAGCCCGACAAAAAUACAACAACAGUAGAGGGCGCACUCACAACAGUUAACGGAGAGCACACACUGCCUGCGGGAAUAGCGGAAGGAAAUCUUCCACCACCUACAGAAGACAGUGUUGAUUCCCGCGAACAGGAUGGCGAAGAGGCCACGAGUGAAGGUAAAAAAAAUGCUUCGUCGCCUGAGACCGCGGCCACACCACAAAGAGACCGAGAAAAAGGCUCAGAAGGAACUGGAGGAGAUACAAAAGCAACGAUAGUAACCGCCAACACAACUGAUACGACGAGCACACAAAACAGUGACAGCGACAGCAGCACCGCGGUCUCCCACACCACCUCCCCUCUUUUGCUUCUUCUUGUCGCGUGUGCGGCUGCGGUGGUGGCCGCGUGA